GCAUUCUUCUCCAUCUCCUCUUUCUUCCCAUCUCCCGUGUCAAUUCGCGGUGGCAGUCCCCCUGGCAUCGGACCCAAGUACUGUGGAUCGUCCGUAGCCACCACCGGGCUGCUUAUGCUUCCAUCAUGCUUCAUGCUUCGUGCUGCUCCAUCGAAUAAGAUCCUGUGUCCCACCUUUAAUCCAACCUUCCCCAUCUCCCAGCACUCCACACUCCUUCCAUCCAUCCAUCUGUCUCUUACUCCUCUACGGGCACUAUUUCUGUCUUCUUCAUCUCCCUUGAUCAUCACACUCUUUCUCAUACACCUCGUCCAUCCAAGACGAGCAUUCAAGUGAUCAAGAUCUCGUCGCGUGUCAUCCAUCUCACCUCAUGGACACAACCUUGACCUGCCUUCAUCAACAUUUCCAAUCCGCUUGCUCUCUCUUUUUGAUUCUUCCCUUCUCCCAUCUCUCCUCAACUUGCUUCCCUCCAAUUCUCAAUCCCCCCCGGCUUCUGAUCUUUCCCCAUUUUCUUUUCGCUUUCUCCCAUCCAUUCCCUUCCGUCAUCCUUUGACCACCCCUCUCUUUACACUACCCGCCUUCUCAUCCUGGUUAUCAUUUCCCUCGAAGAAUCCGCUUCAAGUCAAAAAACAGUCUUGACUAACUCUCUCCCUUGAAGACCCUCGCGAUGGUGGGCAGACGAGGAAAGCGAGGCGCCGCCGCGGCUAAUGCCAGCCCUGCGACGCGAUCUUCGCGCAAUCCACCCACUACUGCACAAGCUCCCCGUGCUCGUGGCCGCGGCCGUGGCAGAGGUCGCUGGGCCAAUCACUGGGCCAACCGCAUCCUUCCUGGCCGCUCGACCAACGCUGGUCAUGAGGAUGACGAAGGGGAGUCGCCUAAGCGCUCCCACAUUCUCAAGUUCAAGGUGCCUUCUCUCCGGAAAUUGGGUCUAGGAAUCUCUUCCACCAAUGCUUCCUCCCCGGAUCAGGCCGACGCUUCCACUGAGCCAGCCAGCACCCCUACAGGCUCGCAGAAUCCCGAGACCCCUCGUGCUCGCCGUUCCAAGCGUGCCAUGGCAGUUCCUGAAUCCUCCCGCACCACUCGCCAGUCUGCUCGUCUCAAGCCUUCAGAUGAGAUGGCCACUGAGGAAGCCACUCCCAGCAAGUAUGCUGAUGACGUCGAUGCCGAUGCUGAAGCUGAUGCCGACGAUGAUGUCGAUGUCGACGCCGACGCAACGGACGUCGAGGAAGACAGCUCCUCGCCUGAAAAGCCAGACCAAGACGACGUGGAUUACACACCUAAACUCCGCCUCCGCCUGAGCCCCCCCAAGCCUCCCACUCAAAAGCUAUCCCUCACCUUCUCCAGUCACACCACAGAUCACGACCAACCCAAGGCCCUCACAGAAGACAUCGCCAUGCCGGAAUCAUCAGAGUCUCCACAGAAAGACUCUCAGGACAAUGAUGAUGAGCGUCAAUCUGCCUUGCUUAAUUCCGAGCUCCCGCAAACUUCAUUCUCUCCCCGACUCUCCCGAAAGCGCAAGUCCACCGAGAUGAAGGACGAGCCGCAAGAAUAUGAGUCUGCCGAGAUGCCCGAGCCGAGUGGCAUAGCCACUAAGAAGCUCAAGCUCGAAUACACCGACUCUAUCCCUGCCAUCACCCUUCAAAAUGGCAAUGGCAAUACGACCGAAUCCGCGCAAGAGUCCACUUCAGAGGACAACGCCAUCCCUUCCGCCGAGAACCUCGACCCCGCAGUUGCGGCUUCCAUUGAAGACCCAACUGAAAGUGGGCGAGGACGCGGUCGUGGACGAGGACGUGCCCGUGGCCGAGGUAGUCGUGGUGGUGCCGGUAGCCGUGGCGGUGCCCUUGCUCCGACCCGUGGAGCAGGCGUACGUGGCCGCGGUGGCCGUGGUCGAGGACGUGGUCGUUGGGCAACCGCAGCAGCCAUCCGACGAGGAGGCAAGCGGAUCGAAGACGAGAUCUGGGAUAGCGAGAGCCGGCGCCGGACCCCUUCCCCAGUGCCCGCCACACAGCCGAUUAAGGACCGUGCUGAAGAGUUGGCGGCGCUGUUCAAGAAGGUGGGCCAGGCACAGCAGCUGGCCUUGAGUGUGCUGGCAGAACGCUCCAUGCAGAAGAUUGCGCGAGACAAGAACGCGCACAUGGAGUGCCACGAGUACGAUCAGUUGCUUCGCGAGCUGGGUGAAUACGAGCGCAAGGCUCUCACCCGAUGCCGCGAUCAAUAUGAUCUGAAAGUGGCCGCUGCCGAGAGGGUUUACUUGGGGAACCUGGCCAUCGUGGAGAAGCGGACCCAGGAACGGCUCGCGAACAUCCAAGAUGAGAUGUUCUUCGCUGCUCGGGGCAAGUACAUCGAGCUGGUGACGGGCCGUCGUGCCGCCGAAGAUGACGAGCACACGGAGACGGACGGAUCAGACGCGGAGGCCGAAGAACCUCGCUUCCUCUUCCGCAUUGGCAAAGCCGGCCUGCGAGAACUGGAGCGUGGGUUCUUCGCCGACGCAGUCCGGGAGACAGACGGCGCGGCUGCUCUGGAGCGAGGCGAGCAAGAAUGGGAGGACUUUAUCAUGAAGGUCCGACUUGGGGAGGACUUGAAUCCCCAAAUGCAAGCCCUCGACUCCUUCAUCGAGGCAUCCACGGACUCCGUCGACCGGAUCGUGGACUCACUCAUCCAGGCAGCCCGCGUCGUGGCUGAAGAAUCCGACGUCCCGCGCAGUUACGAUGGCGCCGCCGACGUCUCCAAGGCCCUCUCCGUUUUGGCCGAGACCGCGCUCUCGGACCAUCACCCUUCACCCUCCUCCUACUACCCCCAGAUGCGACCUGAUCAACAUCUGGCGGGAGGACACCGCGCCCUUCUUCCCCAGCCACAGGGGGUAAAUGUGGCACAACCUGCACCUCCGGGCAUGGCCCAUGGCCCAACCGACCCGCGCUCCUUCAUUCUCCCGCGACCAACGCCAACCCAGCAGCCGCGUCGCCUUCUUCCCGCGCGGUCGCCCCUGGGCAUGGGUCUGCCCGACCCCUUCGCCAUGACCGGUCCCCCGCAGCUUCCCCCGCCGCCGGGUUCAAAUUUCCACCGGCUGCCACUGCCUUCGUGGCCUCCCGGUCCUCCCCAGCAGGGUGGACAGCCGCCCGGGCCCGGUCAUGGUCCGGGAAGUACAGGGCCUCACGGUGGCCCCGGUCCUCACGGGGGUCCACCGUCCUUGUACUUCCCCCCGCCACCUCCACGGCGGUAUUGAGAGGAGGUUGUUUUUGUUCUUUUUUUGGUGGAGGAAGAAAAAGUUUGUGCUCCCGUGAUGGAGCUGGGCAGAAAUGCCCAUGUAUGAGUAUCAUCUUUGGUUCGUGGUGUCGUUUUUUGCCGUUCGCCGCUCGUUGCCCGCCGCGGCAGGGCUGGUUUUUUUUUUCUUUCUUGUUUUUGUCAGAUUCCCAUUUUCAUACCCGUGUACGCUACCCUCGAUUUCUCAUACCCUGUUCACAAUUCUUUGAGCGACGGCGUUAAUUCGAUGUUGAUUUUCAUUGCAAG